UUGUUUUUGUGAAAAUUGUGUAUUGUUAUGUGAACUAAACUUAACAAACUCAGUUUUUACAAAUUCAAGUUAAUUGAAACAUAAAAAUCUGACAAGGAUAUCCUAUCCCCAUAAUAUCCUAAUACACACAUACAAACAUAAACGCACACAUACACACCUGUGGAGUUUUAUCGCCCCAAUUUAAGAUGGCGCUAGCUGUCGCAUCAAAUGUCAAUUCUUGAGCCGUCAAACUCUUCUAAAAGACUUUGCCCUUUGGACCUGUCUGCAGGUUGUUUACUUCAGUGAUUUGCGUUAAAAAUAAUAUAAUUUAUUUUUUAAUGCAAAUUUAUUAUUUUAUAAAAUAUUUAUGUAAUUACAUUAAAGCAGUGUUACAACAUAGCAACUGCCUGUGGAACGUGAUCUUUAGAAGUAAUAAGAAACACUUUUUCAACUUGUUUUGAGAUUGCGAAAACUUUGUUUUCAACUUUCUUCUCAAGCAGGUUCAAAAAAUGGCUUCAGCUCUUAGAAGAUCAGCAAAUCACUUUUUAAAAAGAAGAAUAUUGCCAGUAGCAUACAGAGGGAACAGCAGUGAUGCUAAUAUAUUGAAGUCUAAUCUGAAAGACAUUAAAGUACCAAACUUAACUAUUGACGAAUAUGUGUGGCAAAACUUGGACAGAUGGCCUGACAAGACUUCCACGGUAUGCGCGUUCACGGGCCACGGCUACACGUACGCACAGACACAUAGGAUGUCUGUUUGCUUCGCUGCGUCACUUCGCACGAAACUGAAGCUGCAAGACGGUGAUAAAGUAGCAGUGAUUCUACCGAACAUACCAGAAUAUCCUUGCACGGCUUUGGGUAUUAUUGAAGCCGGGUGUGUGCCCGCGACUAUGAACCCUGCGUAUACGGCCGUGGACCUGAAACCGCUGUUUGAAAUCGCCGAAUGCAAAGCGGUCGUCACCACCAAGCUAUCCUACCCUAACGUGAAGGCAGCUCUCAUCGAAAUGCAACAAAACAUACCAGUCAUUCUAGUAGACAACGAAAAUCUACCUGAAGGGACGAUAAAGUUUGCAGAAUUCGCUGAAGAUUUUGCCAUAGACACCAACUGUUUAAAGACUGUCAAAAGAAGCCCAAAGGAUAUUGGGAUUCUGCCGUAUUCCAGUGGUACUACCGGUCUACCGAAGGCUGUGGCGCUAACGCAUAACUCUAUUAUAGCGCUGCAUGAGAUGAUGUUCGAUCCAAGUGCAGUGUCUGUGCCUGAGACGACUGACUCCCACCAAUCAGUGAUUCCGGCGGUGCUCCCGUUCUUCCACAUAUUCGGUCUGAACAUCGUGAUGUUGAAUCUCAUGUCGCGCGGAGUGAAGUUAGUCACGCUUCCGUCGUUCAAACCUGAAGUUUUCCUUGAGACGAUCGUGAAGUACCGAGUGCGGGACUUGUACGUUGUUCCGCCUAUUGCGAUGUUCCUUGCCAAGCACCCCGCAGUGACUCCCGCGCACAUGGAGUCGGUGCGCGAGGUCAUCAGCGGAGCGGCUGCCCUCCCUGCGGCUGACGCUGAGACGAUCGUCAGCAAGAAUAACAAGAUCCAGAUACGUCAAGGCUACGGUAUGACAGAGACGAGUGGAGCCAUAAGCGUCCUCCUUCGAGGGCAGCCGAACAACCACGCGUCCGUCGGCAGCGUGUUCGGUUCCUGCCGGAUCAGGGUCGUGGAUCCUAAUACUGGGGAGAACGUUGGUGUUGGGAAGGAGGGUGAACUCUGGCUAUCCGGGCCUAAUAUAAUGCAGGGUUACUACCGCAACCAGCAGGCCACAGACGAAGUGAUGGAUAACGGCUGGUUCAAGUCCGGAGACAUCGGGAAGUACGACGAAAACGGCUUGGUGUAUCUCACUGAUAGGAUAAAGGAGUUGAUCAAGGUGAAAGGUUUCCAAGUCGCGCCUGCGGAGUUAGAGGCGAUUCUUCUCACCCACCCCGCCGUAGCUGAUUGUGCCAUCAUGGGCAUCCCGGAUGCUAUGUCAGGUGAAGUACCCAAAGCGUUUGUCGUCACAAAACCGGGUAAGAGCUUAGCCGAUGAGGAGGUUAUGCAGUAUGUUAACACCAAAGUCAUUUCAUACAAGAACAUUAAGAAAGUGCAGUUCAUUGAUACGAUACCUAAGAGCCCGGCUGGGAAGAUACUGAAGAAGGAAUUGAAGAAGUAUUGUUAAUGUGUCUAAGCCAGUGCUUCCCAACCCGUGGUCCGCGCACCCGUGGGGGUCCGCGACCAUAUGUUUGGGCGUCCGUGGUGUCUUCUCUGGACCAUUAUACGUAAUCCAUUUUUUUGUUUUUAGUUUGUUAAGGGGGCUUGAGUUCUUAUUUCCUAAGGGUUCGUGGCUCAAAAAGGUUGGGAAACAUUGGUCUAAGCGAUAAAACAUACUAAUGUUAGGCGAAAGUGUGUCCGUCUGUUAUCUCUUCACGUUUACGUCGCUGAUUUCGAAGAAAUUUAUGCAGAAGAGUUCCGCAAAAGGACGUAGCAUAGUUUUAUUUUCGGAAGAACAUACGGUUUCUAGUGAAUUAAUAACUAAAAAAGUAAGUAUGAACAAUGAGAAUCCGAAUUUGUAGCGGAUAAGUCCACUUAAAUAGAAAACAGUACAACUAUGACUGUACUAGCUUAUGUCGGCCGCAACAAUGACGACCAAUCAGGAGUACAGUUAAAGGUGCAAUUUUAACAGAAUAAGUUUUUAUACAGUAACCGUUUUUAUAACAAAGAAUUAUAGUUUAAUAAGUCUUAACCAGUCCAUAAUUUGACUGAAGCGAAUAAAGCACGACACUGCAUCGACAUGGGCGUACCCAGGUUCUGGGCCAGG